CACAAAUAGUAACAAUAAGAUCUAGAACGGACAUCAAGUGCCGCCCAGUACUGUUCCGUCUUUUUUUACAAACUCUCUUUAUGACUUGUAAAGCGUGCCUUGCUGUAUCAUUGAUGCUAAGAAGUUUUCAAGAGAGGAAUUCCUCUAAGCACACCCUGCACGGAGGCAUCAGAAACAAAGGAGGACCAUGAGUAAGAGGAGGAGGAGGAGGAGAAACAGCCUCAGGAGGAAGAGCUCCAGAUGCACGAAACACAGCCAAUCCCAAUAUACUUCUCAAUCUCAAAGCCAAAGCUCCAAUAAUAACAGUGGUGUGUACAAAAGGGACCAGCUGGAAAAAGGGGAAAGUGAUUCUCUGCGACCGGAGAGUUUUUUCGCCGAUUCAGACGCGGGUGAGGACACGGGGUACGAGGCUGACAGCACAGAAAAGAGGUUCAGGGCGAGCGGCUCGGAAAGUGCGCCUCAGGACGACUCAAAGAGCCCCGGGUCAGAGGUCGAAGAGGCAGACGGGGGCGUGCGGAUCACGACCUUGGUGAGGGUCGACGACUGCGAAGUGUCGUCCUCGAGAACCGUGCUCCAGAACCCCUGCGAGUCCGCAGGCCGAGACGAGGCCCGCGGGUCGGUGUCGGUCACCACGACCAAAGUCACCUGCUCCAGAUCCAAGGUGGAGGUGGAAAUAAACGAAGUCAUGCACUCGGACAGCUCGGACAUCAAAACCACCCUCGUGGUCCGGGACAGAACCGGGAGGAGGAAAGGGGACGGCUCGAGAAGCCGAUGGGACGACCGGGCCGCCCCCAACAACGAAAAGCCGAGCCAGCCUUACUCUGCGAGCCACAACUUCGACGCUGCCACCUGUGGGCACCACAGGCAGUGCAAGAGCAAGAACUAUAAACUCAGCAUCUCUGAGAUAAACACUGACCUAACAGAGCUUGCAAAUAGUCAAGUCCAAUCGGGUCAUCAGGAACAGAGGCUAUGCUGCAGGAGCUGUUGCGAGGAGGGGAUUUAUGGCCACAACUAUGUACUCAGAGAGAGGUUCUCCAGUAUGUCCGCUCUGUCGGACACCUGCCUCCGAGUGGCGGAGCAGCCGCUAACAAGCACGGUGAACAGUGCGGCGUCGACGGACAUCCCGCUUCCUCGGGAGUUUGUCGACAAAGGUUUCAACCCGCUGGACGACCUCACCGAGAACAUAUCUUCUUGUCAGAUUGUCUCUGGUGAUAAUUUUGACAACCGGGGAGGAAGGAUGGCCUCCACUGCUCCAGCCAGACCCAGUGACUCGGGGGAGAAAGCGGAAUCUCUUUGCCGGGACUCGCGAGAGCGUGAGAGCCUCGGCGACGGGGAGGAACUCCUAGAACGUCUUUCCGGGUCGGACGCCUACGGUACGCUGCUCCCGGGGCACGGUAUGCCCGUGAGUCGGUCCAGCUACACCAAAGAGUUCAUCCACAACCACGACGGAACCAAGAGGUUGCGCAACAACAGCGUCGCCAUUUUGGAGACCAAGCCCAGGAUGGCGCAUUACUUUGAAAGGCCACCCAAGAGGAGGCAGACUUUUCCCGGGCCUACGGACUCCCACGGCAAAAUGGAGGAAGGCAUGUCCUCUUGCAGGGAGUCGUUCUCCUCCGGUAUGCUCUCCCCCUUCUUCCUGCAGUCUCUCCCUCUGCAGGCCGAGAGGCUGGGCAGGUUCUACAUGGACGACGAAGGGUCUUUUCCCUUUUCGGAAGACAGCCGCAAAUCCUCAGGGGGCAGCUCCGGUUACAAGGCGAGCUCCAGUAAUUUCAACGGCUACAGCUACGGGGCCGACAGUUCUACCUGCGGUAAUGGCAGAAGCUGCUUUUGCCCAUGCAGGGCUGGGGAGGACCAAGAGGAGACAUUCAGCUCAGGACAGGACGCUCAACAUGGGCAAGUGUUAAAUCAGAUGGCUGCGCCAGUCUUGAUAGCGGUGACGCCACCUCACGGUGAUUCAUACACGGACGCGGCUGAUCCUGGCAAUGAACAGCUGGAGCACAGCGAGGUCGCAGAGAGCGGGUUCGACGAGGAGAUGCCAGAGGUCGAGGAGCUGCACCAUGAGUUUGCAGCGAACAACCUCAUUCUUAAGCAGCGGGAUUUGCUCAUUCAGGUCACGCCCCCUUCCCUGAGCGGCUCCGAGGAGCACAUUGUUGAGGACAGCUGUGAGUCAAUCAUUCUCAGGGAAGGCGUGGCCAAUCCCAAGCCCAACCAACCAGAAACCAUUGCCAGCACUGACUUUCUACCAGAUAUGAGAAAGGGGUCGGUGAUGACUAGCAUCAUCGGGGGCUGUGAGCGAAGGUCUAUUCAGAAUGACACAGAGCCCCUGGAAAUAAUGGAGAACCAGAGAGAGUUAUCCAGUGUUGUUCUUGAAGCACCCUCUAUGUCGUCUGCACAGGACAUGGAGGAUAAGGAGGAGGAUGGACAUAGCGAACCGUUGAGUGAAAUGGAAUCCACCCCCCGGAGGUCUCUCACUGUCGAGUCAAACGACUCGAUCCAGACCCUCGUGCAGGAACACGAGGCGAUGGAACCUUCCGGAAGUCCAACAGAGACUCAGGCAGGGAUGAACUUUGGGCCUCCAUCACUGCGAGAUGCCCACAGAGGCGCUGAGGACGAAGGCAAUACAAAGAUGGGGGAUGUAGUCACAGCUGCGACAGACACAAACGGGUCCUCCCACGAAUCCCAGGACUCCGGGGUAACAGAUUCCAAAACAAGGCUGCAGCAAACAGACUCAGGUGAGAGGCUAAGCAUGGCAAGAUCCCCCACAGAUGUAAAGACUGAAGUGAAGGAACGCCUGAGACCCCCGGUGGACCUCGUCCUGAAGGACCAGGAGGACGUUGUGGACCACUGGGCAAAGAGACGCAAGCUCUUCAAGGAGAGCAAACAGUGGAGCUCCGCUGGAGGAAGCUCCCUCACCAGCAACAUUACAGAGGAGUCGGUGACCUCAGACGACGGUCGCUCGGUGGACGUGUCCGCGCGCGACAUGGAAGAGAGGGGCUUCUACACGGAGACGUUCCACUCGGCCUCCUGGAUUUACCGCGGAGACGACACCCACCCCGCCGGCAGCCCCCGUUGCCUCAGCACGCGACCCCGCCCAGUGACAAUUCGAGAGCGGACGGUCAGGAUCAGCAAAGGCACAGGGGACUACCCCUGGGGGUUCCGGAUCCAGUUCUCCAAACCCAUCGUGGUCACGGAAGUCGACACAAGUGAGUACAGUGGAGCAGGCGAGCACAAGGGUGGCUGCCAGCAUACAGAUCACUAUGAUACUGCAUACAACGUCCGCUGGGAGCGGACUCUGGUGGGGGACACGGUCCUGUCGGUGAACGGGACGGACGUGACCAGCGUGUCGCAUUCCGAAGCGGCGGAGCUGGCCAAGCAAGGGCGAGAUGUUCUGACCCUGACCAUUGGCUCAGACAUCAGCCGCCACCCCAGCACCCCAAGACCGGCAUGUCGGGGGUACCUGCACAAGCGCACCCAGUCGGGCCUACUGAAGGGCUGGAGGAAGAGGUGGUUUGUGCUCAAGCACGACUGCUGCCUGUACUACUACAGACGCAAGAGGGAUGAGGGGAAGACCUGCGCUUUGUCAGCCAUGAAGCUAGAGGGCGCUGAAGUUGGGCCGGACACCAGCUUGGGGAAACCCUUUGUGUUCAAGUGUAGCCCACUGUCCUGUGCCCGAGUCUAUUACUUCUGUGCCACAUCAAACCAAGAGAUGAAAAGGUGGCUAGAGGCUAUGGACAGAGCUGUUCAACCUCCCCCUCAGAACCACGUGUGGAUCGACGUCGCCCGCCACAACUCCAGCCUGCCCCCUCUGGCCAUCAAGAGCCCUGAAUGCCUGGGCCUGCUGCACCAGCUGGACGGAAACAAGGACUUCUGGGUGCAGCACUACUGCAUACUGAAGGACGCGUGCCUUUACUUCUACACCGGGAUACGCUCCACUCACGCCAUGGGGGGGAUCUUCCUGCAGGGCUACACAGUCUGCGAGCAGGCCAACGGAUCCCGGUGCUCCACCAUUGAGCUCAAGCCGCCAUCGGAAGAGUUUAAAUCCUUCUACCUCUGCGCUGAGAGCGCGACAGAAACCAAGCGAUGGAUUUCGGCGAUAAAAGCGUCGAUAAGUAAAUGGGUGCUCCUGCACCAGGCGAUCGAGGAAUUCAUGAGUCGCCCGGCGGAAGAGACCAGAAUGUGAGGCUGGCGGAACUUCUCAAGACCACCAGCAGAUGGCGACCUCGUUUCCUGCAAGCGCCAACACGCCCUCCAAACACGCUAGAAUCGAGAGGCUUAGUGUGUCUGUUUAGAUUUUAUAACAGUGGGCAAACACACAUACAUACUUUUUUUUUGGGGGUGGAGGUUGACUCUGAGGAGCUACAUCAAACCCUGGUCACCCCACCCCUGAGCAAGCAGCAGUGUGAUCUGCAACGAGUCACACAACGCUUUCCGAUCAGGUGAUGCAUCGAGCACAUCUGCACCACACCAGUCUAGUUGAGGCCGUGCUGCAGGUGGGGUUGUCUGGGCCGAGUGAAAAUUCUAAGCCCAUGAAAGAGGCCCCAUCCCGUUGAACUGGGCAACGUAGAGUUUACCUCGGAUGCUCGUGGCUUUGUGAGACGCUGGAACGACGAUAAACCCAUCAACUGGCGCAUCAGAUCCGUUGUACUGGAUGAGAAUGGACUUCUGUAGCUGAAGAGAGGACCUGUCUGCUAACUGUGUUCUGUAGACCUCGGCAUUAAUCAAAGACACGUGAGCUUCCGUGUUCAAAGUUCUGUACACUGGCCCUUCCGCAACGCUGCAUUUGUAAGAAACCGUUUUGUUGACGCAAGCAGUUGCACCACCACACCACUAGUUGGAGCCAGAGCUUCAGCCUCAUCCUGCAAUGGCUCUAAUUGCCUGAUUAGCGGUCAUAGUUCAAUGGCAAACUAUUGAAAUUACCCUGUUUUGAUAGGUGUUAUUGUUUUCCUUUUUCAGUGCAGCAUUUAUUCAUUUCUUUGUUAUGAAUUCAUCAAGAGUAAUUAAAUGUCACUUCUUUGAAAAUUGAAAAGGAAAGAAG